AUGAGAGCAAAAUUUAUUUCCGAGACCCUCUCCAAGCCUCAAUUCUCUCUGAUGCGGAAAGCCAUGCUGGAUCGUGCUCGGCAUCCUCCAUUGUACAAAGAUAUUCCGCCCAUUUCUCUUGGUAUGGCCAAGAGAAUUGAAAGAUUGGAACGAAAUGCCGAAAAGGACAAAGAGUUGAGGAAGAAGACAAUCGGACCGAGUAUGGAAGAGGCCAAUCGACCAAUUGCUGAUUUGUUAAUUCAGGUAUGAGCUUGGAAUAUUUCUCAAAGGGUUUUUAAAUCAAAAAGCCGCUAUUGAAUGCCAUGCGUAUCCAAAACUAACCCGAUUUUCUGGGCUAUGAAGAAAAUUAUUUUCUGAAAAUAGUCAUGUUAGAAACUUACAUCACUGUAAAUCCUGUGUUGCAAAACUUGGGCCAUUUUAGAAUGUGAUGGUAGCGGGACUUGUAAGCUUUAUUUUAGAUACAGUUGCUUUAUCUACAGCUCCUAAAAACAUAGCAAAAAUUUAAUGUCAACUUGAGGUACUUUUUCAUUAUUUUUUUUGUUAUAUAUAACUAUAACUCCCAAUAACGCCUGGAUGGGCUGAAACACUACUUUACUUUUACAUGCUAAGAUAAACACCAUCUUCAUCUACAGUUCUCGACUCUCUACGACUGGGUUAACCGGGCUUUCUGAUAUUUAUCACCCUUUUUACAUACCUCCAGACUUCUUGAACCCUAUGAAAAAUCAAUUUCUGUAUUUGCCUUGAUACAUUCGUUUGGCUGGAUCUUAUUGUUAAACAAGUAAUUUUCCAGGGCGACUUGCUCCUAAGCAACAUCCAAAUGAAAGCUUAUGACCAUAGCUUACAAGAAGAGCGCCAACCUUUAUAUCGACGAAGAAUAAAGCCAAAAAAAUACAAGUUGGAAGACAAGUAUCAACACCGCGGAAAACGGCAAAUUCUCCAGGAUCCGGAGUCUGGAUUUCCACUGACUAAAUGGCGAACUGAUACGCCAAUUUGUUAUCGAUUUCAUCCCACCAUGGGUGAGAUUUUGCAAAUCAUAAAAAAGUUAAACUUUUACUGAGUAAUUUUAAUUUACUGAGUAAUUAAACUCCGCAAAUUUCCAGAUAAUUGGAUGAGAACGUUGGUGAACGAAGCCACGAAAUUUUGGCAAGCAAAUACUUGUCUGUCCUUCAAAGAAAAUUGCACCAUUGAGCCGGUUGUUCGCUACAUUCGAGCUGGCGGAUGCUACAGUUCGGUGGGGAAGCAGUUUCAAGACUUUGAGCAGGACGUUUCGUUGGGACAGAAGUGCGAUUUGGUAAGGCUUAGAAGAAGUUGCAAAGUAAAAUACGCCGGUCUCAAGGAGUUGUAAAAUUAGCAAAAAUUUUUUGAAGAAGAAACUGAAAAUGGGUCAAAAAUUAGGCGAGAAAGAUAAAUUCUUUUGUAAAAGGUGUGCUUUUUAAACUAAUAUUUAGUCAUCAUUUUUGCCAAGCUUCAUUAAAAUCUGAGCAUCGAGGUUUGAGCAUUUCCCUUGUAUAUUUUCUAGAUUUACAGGGGAGGUACUCCAAGUGCGACGCUCCGAUUUUCUUUAAAUUUUGCGCACACGUCGGGUAUGGACCAGAUAUCAAUUCCUGAAAGUUUUAGCUAGCGCUUUGCGGGCGACGCCGAGAUAUCGAACGAUUUUUGCCGCCGAGAGAGCACGCUUAACGUGGAGAGCGGUCAGAGAGAAAGGCGCGUUUUGGCCAUAACUUUGGCAGUUUCGUGCGGAAAAUUUUGAUUUUUUGUACAUCUAAAAAUCUCGGUUGUUUCAAAGCGCGAGCUAAGAAUCUUGCAUAUAUAUUAGAAAAAAUUAUUCUAAAUUUGAGCCUAGUUUCAUCAAAAUCUAAGCGUCGCCCUUGAAGUACUUCAUCUGUAAAAUAAAUUGCCUUUGCAGUUUGGUGUCGCAGCCCACGAAACGGGCCAUACGCUUGGCCUUUUUCACCAUCAAAGUCGAAUCGAUCGAGAUGAUCAUAUCAGUCUGACCGAAAACAUCCCCACCUCUUGGCUCUCGCAGUACGAGAAAGUGAGCAACAAAACGGCCACCAUUAUGGACGUCCAUUACGAUUACGGCUCGGAUCUGCACUACCCCGGCUGUAAGUGGCUCUGGGUUACGUAAUCAAAAUGUAGACGAUUUGCAGAACAGCAAGGUGUUGUUGGCAGCGAAACGAGUGCAGUAUCAACAUACGAUGGGGAAUCGGAGACAGCCGUCGUUUUUGGAUUUGAAAUUGGUCAACCAGUUCUAUGGGUGUCAAGGUGAGUUGGAGUUUUGAGGCAAACACUCGAGAGAAGACAAAAAUUUAUAAAUUUUGUGACGAAGUUUGCUGAGAAAGUGCUCAAAAUGCGACGCUUUGUUUCUAAAUGUAACAUUGGCUCAAAUUUAAGAGCAUUUUUUCCAAGUCAUAAGCCAAAUCAGUAGAUUGCAACCUGCAAAAAAACGAGAUUUUGGGUCGGGAAGUUUGAGAAAAUUUGAUGAUUUUUCGCGAGUUUAAAGCCCAAUCUAAAAUCCCCAUAGAAGUACUUUCCUUGUCAGGAACACAUAAUUCUGUGGCCUAGCCCUAAAGUUCACAAAAAUAAAAAAAACUCAGCGCCACGCAUAAAUUUCAUCAAACUCUGAGCUCUGAUUUCGAGGAAUUAUCAUAUUUUGAUACUGGAAUCUCUGCUUAACUGUACGCUGCAAAUACCAUUCGAAUUUUUCCAGAUAAAUGCCAAACAAAGCCUGAUUGUAAAAACGGCGGGUUUGUCAAUCCUAACAAUUGCUCGAGAUGUAUUUGCCCAUCAGCUUUUGGCGGGUAUCUUUGUGACGAAAGAGCGCCGGCGGCAUUCACGAGUACCAGUAAUUGCGGCGACUCUUUGGAAGCCACCAGUGAGUUUCAAAUGAUUCAUGGAGAGGUUCAUCCGGCUGGACCUACGGAUAAAAAUAAUAUCACUGUGAGACAAGCGGAGUGUCAUUAUCACAUCAAAGUAGGCUUUUUUACGAAGAAUAGGACACAAUUGUUGCAGGCGAGGCCUGGCUAUCAAAUCGAGAUCAAAGUUAUGAACGUGACGGGGCCCUGCACGAAUGAGUGUUAUUAUGGGGCAUUGGAGAUCAAGUUCGAGGAGUUUACAUGGACUGGCGCUCGCCUAUGUUGUCCAACGCAUAUUGAUGACAUUGGCGGGACAAUGAUUAGCGAGGACAACUUGGCAACGGUGUCGUAUUAUACGCAAAAGGGACCGUUGAAAGCGGUGAUUAGAUAUCGAGAAAGUAGGUUUGAAAAUCUUCAUUUUAGAUGUCAGUCUGUCGGGAAAAUAGUGAGCAUAAUGCCGCUGCGCCGGCCGAAGUGAAAAACCAUUCGAUUUUUCCGCGACAAAAUUUGAUAUUGCGAUUUUCGAUGCGACAAAUUACUCAUUAUUUUCCCGACAGACUGAUAGUUAAAAUGCAAGGCUGAUAUGUGCAAAAAAAAGCAAUUUUUAUUUUCAGUCCAGCACGAUGAACCGCUAGAAUCUUCAACCACAACCUCCGAUAGUUACGAAGAAGAGAUAGAUGAGACAGAUGAGACAGAAGCGACAACAACCACGGAGAUUUCAUCCACAACAACUACAGAGCCUCCAGAAAAGCCCACCACAAAUUCUAGAGAAGAGGAAGUGCCAGUGACCCAACGACGACGUGAUGUUACGACAGCUGCGACGACGACAACCACGCUUCCCACAACAACCACUCUCAGUAAUCUUUUCCCGACCCUCUUUCCCACCGUCCCCGCACGAAAACUACCCAACAUUCGAUGCCAUGACAUUGCCAUAAACUGUGCAUUCCAGCUGACAUAUUGCCGCUCCGUGCCCACACAAAUGCAAAAGUAUUGUGCUUACAGUUGCGAGUUUUGCCAGCCCUAA